ACAGUAAACGACAAAAGAAGUUCGGUGAGGAUAGUUCUUGUCUUCUUGAGAGCUCUCUCCGGAGAAGCUCGACCUUCACGCGAAUGGCUUCGUCUUCUCUUGUCUCAUUGCCAUGCCUUUCCUCACUGAAAAUGACAUUCAAGCCCAUGGCAGUUAACAGCAAUUCUUCUAGAACGUCGGUUCCGUACGAGCUGAAGAAGGGCCAAAACCGUCUUUUCCACAAGCUUCCUUCUGGUCUGAAAAUGGAGGUAAUCGAGCAAAGGAAAGAUGAAGACGAAAGACAAAGAAAUAGCGAAAAAGAUAAUCCACCAUUGGUGUUUGUACAUGGAAGCUACCACGCAGCUUGGUGUUGGGCUGAACAUUGGUUACCUUUCUUCUCUUCUUCUGGAUUUGAUUCUUAUGCUAUUAGCUUAUUAGGUCAGGGUGAAAGUGAUGAACCUUUGGGAACAGUUGCUGGAACUCUUCAGACGCACGCAAGUGAUAUCGUGGAUUUCAUCGAAUCGAAUCUAAGCUCUUCGCCUCCUGUUCUUAUCGGUCAUUCUUUUGGAGGGCUAGUUGUUCAAUAUUACUUGGCAAAUGUCAUAAACAAACAGUCUUUAGGAACCACAAAUGCAUUUCCAGAACUUUCAGGAGCUGUACUGGUUUGCUCGGUUCCACCUUCGGGUAAUAGCGGGUUAGUGUUACGUUAUCUCUUCUCUAAACCAGUAGCAGCUUUUAAGGUCACUCUCAGUUUAGCUGCUAAGCGUUUUCAGACAUCUAUUCCUCUUUGCCGGGAAACAUUCUUCUCUUCAGCCAUGGAUGAUCAACUUGUGAAGCGUUACCAAGAUUUAAUGAGAGAAAGUUCUCGAAUGCCACUGUUUGAUCUGAGGAAGCUAAACGCAUCACUUCCAGUAUCAAAACCAAUGGAAAAUUCUACAAAAGUUCUUGUUUUAGGUGCCAAAGAUGAUUUCAUAGUGGACGAUGAAGGUCUGAAGGAAACCGGGCGGUUUUAUGAUGUUGAACCGGUUUGUAUUGAAGGUGUUGCUCAUGACAUGAUGCUAGAUUGUUCAUGGGAAAAAGGUGCAGAAGCUCUUUUGUAUUGGCUUUGUGGUUUGUCUAAAACCGGGAAAUUUAUCUGCUUAAUAGACUAGAGUUUUGUAGCAUAGACUCACUAAAAUCAAAUAUAAACCAAACUUUAGCCGAACAUUUGACAAUAAUCACUCCUUCAUUUAAUUCC